AGCCAAAACCCCGCCCUUUCCUGCAGCAGCUCCAGUUCCAGAGAGUGACAUGGGGAGAACAGAAAGAAACAACGAUAAGGAAACUGAGUAAAUCUGGAUUAAAAAAAAAUAAAAAAUGCGUGCGGAUAUUAACUGCAAAAACAUGGGAUAACAGGGCGCAAACAGCGACAAGACAUCCGUGGUCACCCACAGGAACGGGAAAACAGAGGUAUCGACUGGAAAAUUGGAUUGUUGAAUUUUUUUUCCCCCAUUUAUAUUGCCUGGGAAUUUGGUACAAUAGAGGUUAGAACAACUGGAAGCAAAAACAUAACAAAUUAAAAAUAUUUUCUCGUGGUGUAUGGAGGACAUGGCUGUGGCGCAAACUGCAUGGAAAAAAAACUGUAAAUCUUGCAAAAACAUUUUCUGACUAAAGAGCGUUUUCUUUCUUUACCUUAUUCUCUGUGGAAUGAUUGUGGAUAACACAUGACGGAAAGGAGAAUGCGCCGUGGAUUCGCAUACUGCAUGUUAACAUGUACAAUCAAUAACUAGUGCGUGUUAGUCCGGCUACUAGCGAAAGAGAUGCUGUGUGUGGAAUUAGAAGCUAAAUCACACAACACGCACUGAAACAGCCAAGGGGACCAUUGUUGUAUAAAAAACACCUUGCCAGGAGCGACAGGAGUAUUACAUAAAAAAAAAGAAAAUAUAUUUUUAUUAUUUAAUUUAUUCAUUGUGCAAGUUUCAUUGAUCUAGCACAACAAAAUAUACAAAUAAAUAAAUAAUAAUAAUAAUCAUCAUGGUGGAUCCAGUGGGUUUUGUUGAAGCUUGGAAGGCACAGUUUCCUGACUCAGAACCUCCCAAGAUGGAGUUAAGAUCUGUUGGGGAUAUUGAACAGGAGCUGGAACGCUGCAAAGCUUCAAUUAGGAGGCUGGAGAUGGAGGUGAACAAGGAGCGAUUCCGAAUGAUUUACCUGCAGACUCUGCUUGCCAAAGAGAAAAAGAGUUAUGACCGUCAGAGGUGGGGCUUCAGGAGAGUCUCUCAGCUGAAUGAAGCAGGGGGGUCCGAUCCACCUAACAUCCUGGACCCCCAGCUGGAACAGCAAGGGGAGCUGGACAGGAGUAAACACUACCGGGGUGUGGAGGAGAAGCUGAAACCCAGGCCGCCCCCUGUCAGGAAAUCAUCUUCCCAGAGUGAGGGGUCUGAGCCCUCCCCUGCUAUGGACCUACGCUAUCAAGGGGAGUUGGUGGAUAUAGACAGGUGUAAAUAUUACAGUGAGGACAAGUUUGAACUCGAUGGCACGUCCCCUUCUAAACAGAGAGGGCCAGUGUCUGCCCGCAGGGUGCCGGGGGUUUCCACCACCUCCGAAAAAGAACUGCCCUUAGACUCCUCGCCCAAAGAGAGCAUGAGUGUGGCUGCCUUGAGGUCCAACUUCGAGAGGAUUAAAAAAGCCAACUCUCAUUCCUCCGGGGAAGGGAAAGGCGGAGGGGUGGGUGGGACGGAGAAACCCUUUUACGUCAACAUGGAGUACCACCAGGAGAAAGGGCUGGUGAAAGUCAACGACAGGGACGUUUCAGACAAGAUCAGCACGCUGGGCAGCCAGGCCAUGCAGAUGGAACGGAAGAGGUCUUUGCACUCCCUGCCGGGCAACUUGGCAUCUGGGGUGGUGGAGUAUCGCAAGCCAGUCUACAGGGGGAGGUCCACAGAGAGCAGCUCGGGCUACGACGCGGAGUGUGAGGACGCUGAACUCAACCCGCGCUUCCUGAAGGAGAACCUGAUCCGCGCCAACGGGGGCAAGCAGGAUCUGCAGCAACACUGGCAGCCAUUGGACUGCCAGCCGUACACAAGCGUCUUCGUCGGGGGGGUAGUGGGGGACGGGGAAGGCAAAGGUGUCAACAUGAGGGACCACAGUGGAGACCAGGAUAAACACCUCACCUGGCCACGCAGGUCCUACUCUCCUCGCAGCUUCGAAGACGCAAGUGGAGGGUAUACGCCAGACUGCAGCUCCAAUGAGAACCUGACAUCCAGCGAGGAGGACUUCUCCUCUGGCCAGUCCAGCCACAUCUCCCCCAGCCCGACCACCUACCGCAUCUUCCGAGAAAAGAGCCGCUCUCCAUCCCAGAACUCCCAGCAGUCCUUUGACAGCAGCAGCCCGCCCACCCCCCAGUCCCAAAAGCGCCACAAACAGCACGUGGUGGUCUCCGAGGCCACCAUAGUUGGGGUUCGGAAAACGGGGCAGAUCUGGCCUAACGAUGGCGACUCGACCCCUUCCAGCAGGGCCUCUCAUGACAACAGUUUCCAUGGAGACCUAGAUGCCUCGUUCAGCGGGACUCCUCCCACCUACGGGUACGAUGCAGACCGCGCGGAGGAGCAGCGGCGGCUGCACCACGACAUGAUGCCCUACAUCGACGACUCGCCCUCUUCCUCCCCUCACCUUAGCUCCAAGAGCCGCAGCAGCAGAGACACGCUGUCCUCGGGCUCACUGGAGUCCUCCAAAUCAAGCGAGCCUGACCUAGAGAAAGGGCUGGAGAUGAGAAAGUGGGUCCUGUCGGGGAUCCUGGCCAGCGAAGAGACUUACCUCAGCCAUCUGGAGGCACUGCUCCUGGUGAGAAAUCCUUCAGGUCCUCCCAGUCUCUCUUUAAGAGACCAGUCUAACUGGGCGGCUUAUUAUGAAGCACAAACGCUGAAGUUAUGGAUGACGGGGGAAGUGGACUCUCAGUUAUUGUUCUUUUGUGACUUAUUGUUCGCAAUGAAGUGGUGCUUCUGUUUUGUAAUUAUUUUGCUGUUUAUUUUCUUUACCCACCAGGCAAGCCAGCUCGGAGUGUACCGGGCCUUUGUGGAUAACUACGAGGUUGCCGUGGAAACCGCAGAAAAGUGCUGCCAGGCCAACACACAGUUUUCCGAAAUCUCAGAGAAUCUGAAGGUCAGGACUACCAAGGACUCCAAAGACCAGACAACAAAGAACUCAUUGGAAACUCUCCUGUACAAACCCGUCGACCGAGUCACCCGAAGCACUCUCGUAUUGCAUGAUCUGUUAAAGCACACUCCAGCCAGCCACCCAGAUUACCCCCUGCUGCAAGACGCCCUGCGCAUCUCUCAGAACUUCCUGUCUAGCAUCAACGAGGAGAUCACACCACGCAGGCAGUCCAUGACCGUCAAGAAGGGGGAGAACCGGCAGCUUCUGAAGGAUCGUUUCAUGGUGGAGUUGGUGGAAGGCGCUCGUAAACUACGGCACGUCUUUCUCUUCACUGACCUGCUGCUCUGCACCAAGCUCAAGAAACAGGUUGGAGGGAAGAGUCAGCAGUAUGACUGUAAAUGGUACAUCCCGCUGUCAGACCUCACCUUCCAGACGAUAGACGAGUCGGACUGCUCCCCCAGCAUCCCGCAGGUCCCUGAUGAGGAGAUCGACGCCAUGAAGAUCAAGAUCUCCCAGAUCAAGAAUGAGAUCCAGAGAGAGAAGAGAGCUAACAAAGGCAGUAAGGUGAUCGAGAGGUUGAAAAAGAAGCUGUCUGAACAGGAGUCGCUGCUGCUGCUGAUGUCUCCCAACAUGGCCUUCAAAGUGCACAACAGGAACGGCAAGAGCUACAUGUUCCUGAUCUCUUCAGACUACGAGCGGGCAGAGUGGAGAGAAAUGAUUCGGGAGCAGCAGAAGAAAUGUUUCAAGAGCUUCUCCCUGACCUCGGUGGAGCUCCAGAUGCUGACUAACUCGUGUGUGAAGCUGCAGACGGUCCACAACAUUCCGCUGACGAUCAAUAAAGAAGAUGAUGAAUCCCCUGGACUGUAUGGGUUCCUGAAUGUAAUUGUCCACUCAGCCUCCGGACUUAAACAGAGCUUAAAUCUGUACUGCACAUUAGAAGUGGACUCCUUCGGUUAUUUUGUGAACAAGGCCAAGACACGGGUGUACAGAGACACCACGGAACCUAACUGGAACGAGGAGUUUGAGAUUGAGUUGGAAGGCUCUCAGACCCUGCGGUUACUGUGUUAUGAGAAGUGCUACAACAAAACCAGACUCAACAAAGAGGACGGCGAGAGCACAGACAGAAUCAUGGGCAAGGGGCAGAUCCAGCUGGAUCCACAGGCACUACAAGACAAGGACUGGCAGCGGACAGUGAUAUCGAUGAACGGGAUUGAGGUGAAGCUGUCCAUGAAGUUCACCAGCCGGGAGUUCAGUUUGAAGAGAAUGCCAUCUCGAAAACAGACCGGGGUCUUCGGGGUUAAAAUCGCCAUAGUAACCAAACGAGAGAGGUCCAAGGUGCCUUACAUUGUGCGUCAGUGCGUGGAGGAGAUUGAGCGGAGGGGCAUGGAGGAAGUGGGCAUCUACAGAGUGUCCGGAGUGGCCACCGACAUCCAGGCCUUGAAAGCUGCUUUCGAUGCCAAUAACAAGGAUGUGUCCGUGAUGAUGAGCGAGAUGGACGUCAACGCCAUCGCGGGGACCCUCAAGCUGUACUUCCGAGAACUGCCGGAGCCCCUCUUCACUGACGACCUGUACCCCAACUUCGCCGGGGGGAUUGCUCUGUCUGACAGCGUUGCGAAGGAGAGCUGUAUGCUAAACCUGCUGCUGUCUCUACCAGAACCCAACCUUGUCACAUUCCUCUUUCUGCUGGACCAUUUGAAGAGAGUGGCUGAGAAUGAAAUCGUCAAUAAAAUGUCACUCCACAAUCUUGCCACGGUGUUCGGGCCCACGCUGCUCCGCCCCUCCGAGAAAGACAGCAAGAUUCCAGCCAAUCCCACGCAGCCAAUCACCAUGAGUGACAGCUGGUCCCUGGAGGUCAUGUCACAGGUCCAAGUCUUACUAUACUUCCUUCAGCUUGAGACCAUUCCCACUCCAGACAGCAAGCGGCAGAGCAUCCUCUUCUCCACCGAGGUCUAGCCCUGACUGAGAGCACUCGGCACGCUUAACCUGAGGAGGUGGAUCACAAUCAAGAGGCCAAACAACUGAACUGGUGCGGCGCCUCACCAUAGCCACCACACUGCUUCAACCUGAAGAUGUUCUUCAAGUGGAAAGAGACCUUGCUGUAUUUUUUGUAGCUGGAAUUGGGGGACCCAAAGUUGUGUACAUUUUAUAGCCACUAGAGGGUGUUUAACAAAGCAUUCAAUAACUUAACAAGAAGGAAGAAAAGCUUAGUGUUCAAUUCAGGUGUGUCAUAACUUAUUCAUGUAUAGAUGGAAAUACAUUUAGAAAAUCCAAGCCUAGAAGAUAUUUUUGUUUUAUUAGAAUUUUUUUUUUUUUAAAUGAUUAAGCUGUAUGCUAGAAAGAAGAUAAUUUAAACUAGAAUAAACUAAACAAAUAUUCCCUGUUCAUGUUUUAGGGUUGCUUUGCGAGCCACCUAAAUUUAUAGAUGGUGGAUGGUUCUGAUACUGUAUAGAAGUCUUUUGUAGCGUUUUAGUACAACUGCAAUGUCUUAAGUUACAAAAUGCAUCGUACAUGGUAUAGAAUAUUUUAUACGGCCGAAGUCAUGGCCAGUCACAGUUGAUUUAAACAGAGAGAUGUAUACUCUGAAGUAUUGGAGAUGCUAGUAGACUGUACUUGAAAUUCUUCAGUGAGCUGCCAAUGUCCACCUAAACAACAAGUUGUCUUAGGUAUCGCAUGUAGAGUCUGGUAUUUAACCGCACAGAUGAGCACUUUCAUUUUAAAUUGAUUUUUCUUUUAAUAAAUGCGCAGGAAUUUUCCAACAGAUUCAGCAACUAUCUACGUAGAUGCAAAGGUAAACAAAAACACAUUAAAGUGCCACAAUAUCUAUAUAUUUUUUUUUUGCAAUUCUAGUGGGAAGGAAAAAAUAUAUACACGCUAUAUAAUACUGUAGUGUAUGGUGUAUAAAAAAAAAAAAAAAAAGGUAAAACCCAUCAUAUUGUAUUUGAAAGAAUCAAGGUUUCUGUGUGUCGGUAUAGGAUACAGGUGAAUGUUUCCAGUUCAGAUCUGUUAUAGCAUGAGGGCACAGGGGCUUGUUAGAACAGGAGCAUGCAGGCUCACAGGCAUACUGUUUAAAUAUACUCAUCACAUAGAGAGACUCGUGAAGAAUCUUGUGUUGCCAGUCCAGUUAUUUCCAGAAAUCCUGCAAGGAGAGCAAUGAAGGAUUACUAUAGCAUCCUGUAGUAGGCAUACAGUAUUUGAAAUUAGAAGUAUAGUAUUUCGUAAAAGUGUGUUUUUAAUGAGAAGUCACAAUAACAUCAAGGUUUCCGAAUAGUUUGGAGAAAGAAAUGACACAAAAAAAAAUCGAUAUUUUAGCUCCUCCUUUUUAGUUUUGCUUGCUCAAUGACUGUGACUCAUGGUUUUUAUUUGAAGUUUAAUAUGAAGCACUGCCAAAAACGUUGUGUAAAUUUAAUUUUCAUUUUGUUAAAGUCAGACUUUACAGGCCUAGCAGUUCUGUGCCGUAUAACAACAAGAAAACUGGAGCAAUCCCUUCUUGCAAAGUUAUUGUAAACUGCAGAGGACCAAGGAAGAAACUAAAUGUGUUCAGGAACAUAUCUUGGGUAAAGAUCUGCCUUAUAUUUAAUGGAAUAUAUUUUUUUACAGUUUGUCUUAAAAUAAUAAAUGCAUGAUAAUAUCCAUCCAAACUAAAAAAAACUAGUAGGAGAAGUGAUUCCAAAACAGAAAGCCUGAGAACCUGGGAUACAGACAACAAAAGAAAGCUCUUUCCAUUACCUGGAAGUAAAUUAGUAAAUUCAAAAGCUUUCUGGUUAUUGUGGCAAUGCUAUCUGUAUUUUGUCAUGACGAAUAUCAUUUAAAAACAGACAGUCUCCAGUCUUAAAGCCACUAGUUUAGGGCUGUGCAAGGAGUGGAUAUUUGUGCUUGACUUGGGGCACGUUUCCAGUUCUCAGUUGUUUUUUUUUUUGGGGGUAUUCUUCCUUGGUGAUGGGGUAUCCCACACAGUACUGUAUCUGUGUGUGUUGGGGGGCUGAAUUCAGCUAAACAGAGCCUCCACGGGGCUGUCGAACUCAAGUCAGGGUGGAUACAGUUUAUGUUUUAGAGCAGGCCAGAUUAUUUGAAGAGUAAGUGCUGUAGCUUCAAAUACAUCUCCCAGGCUUUUUUUACAGUGCUCACAUUCUGAGGGGUUCCUGGGUUGUGUUGCUCCCGUAUUGAGUUCUUGUAAAUCUGCCUUUACUUGGCUUUGAGCAGCUUGUUUAAGAAUCCUAAGCGCUGGACUGCACAGCCGCCUUCAUUCAAAUCACGUGACGAUGUGACCUUUCAACUCCAGAGGGGGAAUCUACAGGACGAUAAGAACUCAAUAUUUAAGAAACAGAACCCUGAACCACUCGCAGUGCUUUGCAAAAAAUAUAUAAAACAGUCAGGGAGAUGUAAAGUGGAAGUAAGUGCUUACUGUUUUACUGGUGUUGCUUGAUACAUAGUAAUUGCCAUAGUGUAGACUGAUGGAGCUGUGAGGGAAUAUAGCUACACCGAAAUGACCCACGAGAAUCUUGAUUGUGGGGAGAGGUGUAUAAAGAUGGCCAUCAAUACAUUACAAGUUGUGAGAAGUGCUGUCAUUUCUUAUUUGGUUACCUUGAACUCACAAAGUACAAUAGCUAGCAACGUUCACCAAAGGGAUGCUGCAGUGUAUAUAUAUAUGUGGUAAACUUACUUUCUAAUCACCCUGUAUAUGUAUAUAUAAUUUGUUUUCUGUUGUCCUUUCUUUGCCGGUAGUUUGCUAAAGAAUAACAGGAGAGCAAUACCUAACUGUGCCAAUAUACUUUACUGUCCUUUGUUCAGAAGAUAACAUAGAAACAUUCAAUGUUAAAAUACGGGGUGUUCCAUCAGAAAUAAAUAAACACUUUUUAAUUAUUUUGUUCUUAUUAAUAAGAAACGUAUGAUAUCUUUGCAACUCUAUUUAACAUGCAGGCAUGUUGAUUUUUUUUAAUUUUUUUUUUUUUUUUUUUUUUUUAUCUUAUAUUAAACCCAAUAAUAGUUUCUGUUGUUUUACCCAAAGCUGGAUAUUUUGGGAGGGAUGGUAAAGUAUUAUAAUGUUUAAUAAUAAUUGUUAAAGGGCAAAACUGGCAAACUUAACUGCUGUUCUGCUUUGUAUUGUAUUGAUGUAGUAUCUCUUGUAAGAUGCAGUCUGUAUUCCUGACAGUACUUUUCUGCAAAAGUAAAUCAUAUUCUUCAGCCUCUGUAUAUUCAGCACAUGUUAAACCCAUGGAAUGUGGAGGAUAUAAUGACCAUGUUGAAUACAGCUCAUUUAGAUUGGCGCGUCAGCAUUCUGACAAUAACGGUUACAUUUCAACCCAAAAUAAGUGAACUGAAGGAUGAUUUCAAUAUUUUCCUUAGAAACAUAUUUGGUGUCUCUUUCGUGAAAACAAAAACAAAUAAAAAAAACUAAUAAUAAUAAUAAUUAUUAUUAUUAUUUAAAAAUCCAACACAAUUUGUAAUAUCAUAUACAAUAACAUUGUGUUUUUUGGUGAUAAAAAAAGAGAUACUGCAUCUAAUACUAAUAUAUCUCAGUGAUUCAGUGGCAUUAUAUAUAAGGGACUGUGCAGUCUGUAUUUUAUCCAAUUAAGGUGAACUUUGAUUUAACAAAAUAAGCACAGCUAAGAAUAUACUGAUCCUCAAAACAUUUUUAGCAUCUAUACUACCUUUUUGGUCAACACUGGUAAGUAAACAAAGUGUUGAUUUAUUAGCAUAAUGUCCCUUUUUUGCUGUGCUAUCCGUGCUCUGUAAGCAGGUUCACUUUAAGUGAUCCAGUAACUUGCAUCUUAGCUAACCUCUUUCUUGCUGGAAGUCUUAAGUGCCCGAGCAAUGUUCAGGAUGUCAUUUCAUGUUGUGUUUUUCCUUUAGCCUAUACUUCAGUGUUCCGGUGACUUAGCACGCAACAACCACGACAUUAACUGUUUACACAGCUAGACCAGGGCGGUUUAUUAAUGAGUAGCAAAGUGGUCAAACUGGACCACUAAGAAUUAAAAACAAAAAUUAGAGCAUUCCUGUAGCCAUUAUGGCACGAUUAUUUUAUACAGUGUUUUUUAAUGACGCUGUAGCACUGCCAUGGUUAUAGCGCUGCUAUAAUUUUGAUUUAAUUCAGCUGUUCAUUUAUGAAUGCAGGAUGUUGCUCACACUGCCUAUAAAAAUUGGUCAUAUUUGUUUUUCCUUAUAAUGUAAUUUUAUACCAGGAAUCCACACAGUUGGAAGCAGAAUAACUACAAUUAGGGCAGCCAGUACCUCAUUUUGGUAUAUAUUGCUCAUUUGACUUUCUGUGGGUACUAAUUACUGAUUUGUGUUGCACCAAUCUUUCUUCAGUGGUCAUUGUUGUUUUAUUGGGGCAGCACUGUAUGCUUUAAUGAUAGUUUCAAGUUUGAAACACUCACUAAUAAACCCCAUAGCUAUUCAGACGAGUCGCCUAUCAGUGUUUCCAUGUUCAAAUUGUAUAGCUUUAUAUAUUUUUUGUAACUUAUCAUUCCAUAUAUUUACUGUGAAGCCACACAAAAUAAAAAGAAAGAUAUCUGAAAUAUAGAGAGCAGUUUGGGGACAUUAUAUCGUUAUUAUUUUACAUACUGGAAACGCAUGGGUGUAUUGAGAUAUAUUUUAAUGAAGUUUUUAAAAGAAGUUCUGUACAAUAAAAAGAAAAUAUCCUUGUGGCCCAUUCAUAUUUUUUUUGUUAUUUUCAUACCUGUCAUAAAACCUAUAAACUCUAGGGUUCUUAGGUUUAUUUAUUAAAAUAUGAAUCGAAAUUAAAUUAUAUAAUUUAGUAAUAAUGACAAUUAAAUGCACAUUUGUGUUCUUGCUUUCUGUAUUCAGGAUCCACUUUGUAGGCAGUAGCCCCGGCUCUGUCUAACCACAUUCUGCAAACUCCUGUAAAUGGUUCUGUUGUUCCAGAGGUUUCUUACUUUGUGUUAUAAAACUCUGCUAUCUGAAGAGAAUAUGUAUGGGGCAGCGAGGGGGAUACAAACGAAUGUUUUUUUUUUUUAAUUUCCUUUUGUUAAACAAUUGUGUUCUGACAAAAUGUAGCUGUAAAAAAAAAAAAAAAAAAAAAAACGGAUAACAAACACUGUAUUUGGAAGGAAAAAAAAAAUUCAAAAAAAUCAAUCUGAAGGCAUUUGUAGCCUAUGUUUGUACACCAACUGUUAAAUAAAAUCUUCUGUAUCUA